UAAGAAAAAAAAGUUAGUAAGAAACGUCUGCCGUUGAACGAUAAUCGUAGUAGUUUUCUUGUGCUUUACAACACAAUUUUCUUUAUUGAGUAUUCAAAGAAUUGAAAAUAAAUACGAUUUGAAGUCAUGUCUACCGUUGCAAGUGCGUUAUCGUUAGCGGGAACUCGAACAUCCGGUGCCCCGGUUCGAACCCAAAAUGUGAUGGCUGCAUCUUCUAUCGCAAACAUUGUGAAAUCUUCAUUAGGUCCCGUUGGUUUGGAUAAAAUGUUGGUCGAUGAUAUUGGAGAUGUCACAGUAACUAAUGACGGUGCUACUAUCCUUCGUCUCCUAGAGGUAGAACAUCCAGCUGCUAAGGUUCUUUGUGAAUUGGCUCAAUUGCAAGAUGAAGAAGUAGGCGAUGGAACUACUUCUGUGGUUAUCAUAGCUGCUGAACUUUUGAAAAACGCCGAUGAAUUGGUUAAGCAGAAGAUUCACCCGACAUCGAUCAUUGCCGGUUAUAGAUUGGCGUGCAAGGAGGCUUGCAAAUACAUUUCGGAACAUUUAACAGCUCCUGUAGAUGAACUUGGUCGCGAGUCAUUGGUCAAUGUUGCCAAAACAUCUAUGAGUUCGAAAAUUAUUGGAGCAGAUGCAGACUUCUUUGCUGCUAUGGUGGUGGAUGCGGCACAGGCAGUCAAAAGUACCGAUCCCCGAGGAAAUGCAAUGUAUCCCAUUGAGGCUGUGAAUGUACUGAAAGCUCACGGUAAAUCGGCACGAGAGAGUAUCUUAGUGCAAGGAUACGCCUUGAAUUGCACGAUUGCCUCACAGCAGAUGCCCAAAAAAAUUGUUAACGCAAAAAUUGCUUGUCUGGAUUUUUCACUGCAAAAAACCAAAAUGAAAAUGGGCGUUCAGGUCCUAAUUACUGAUCCAGAAAAACUGGAAGGAAUUCGGGCGCGAGAGUUGGAUAUAACAAAGGAGAAAAUUGAGAAGAUUUUAACGACCGGCGUAAAUGUCGUUCUGUGCAGUGGUGGAAUCGACGAUCUUUGUCUGAAAUAUUUCGUGGAAGCCGGAGCUAUGGCAGUUCGGCGUGUGAAGAAAUCCGAUUUGAAGCGAAUUGCCAAGGCGACGGGUGCUGCUUUUCUGACUUCAUUAACGAACAUGGAUGGCGAAGAGAGCUUUGAAGCCAGUUACGUUGGUGAAGCUUCUGAAGUAGUACAAGAGUUUGUUUGCGAUGAUGAACUAAUUUUAAUUCGGGGUCCCAAAGCACGUACAGCAGCCUCUAUAAUUCUUCGUGGUCCUAAUGAUUUCUAUUGCGAUGAAAUGGAACGUUCUGUCCAUGAUGCUUUGUGUGUAGCAAAACGUGUGCUGGAAGGUAAAAAGGUCGUGGCAGGAGGUGGCUGCGUUGAAGCUGCACUCUCAAUAUAUCUCGAAAACUCCGUUAUAGAUGUUAUUACUCGGCUUGAACUGGCAUUCGUGUUUCGAAGCUAAUUCGUUACAUACGAAAAUUAUGGUUUUAUGUGUUUUAUGACGUAAUUACACACCGUUUAUUCGAACCGCCUAGGCAGCCCGUAGUCAAGGCUAGCCUGAGCAAUCGUGGGCAAUGUGAAUUUCUGCAGUCACAAAUGUAACCCAUUGACUACUGUGGAUGAUGCCCGAGUUAAAUUGUGGGUAGAAGCUUUCAAGCAUAAAAUUUUGCCUAAGCGGGCGGUAUAGCGAUGCUAGUGUUAUGCAAUUCAACGCAUGCUCUUGCAUUAUGUUUCAUGCCAUUUGAUUUUCGUCAUCAUUCGAGUACUUCUUUUGUACAGAACAAACUAUCAGAACCAGUAUGAAAUUUUUUUAAAUGCAUCCUUGGUUGAAUCUUAUUUGAAGUGGUUUAUAACAUAGGGCGCUGCGCGCUGGCCUUACAAGCCAGCUGUCGUAUGUUCCAGCCCCGACCUGGAAGGAUUCUUAUUGUCAAUCGGGUCGUAACACCCCAGCCACGGUGCAAUGGUUCUGUACGCUAUAAAUCAGCUGCGAAGAUUCUUGAAACAGAAGGCCAAAUUCCUAAAAAGGAAUGUGUAAUACCAAGGUUUUUCAUGUGUAUAAAUAUUCGUUUGUUGCUAGUGUGGUAGGAGUUAUUUACUUUAGCAGUUCGCAUAUGUUCUUCAAAUGAAAAACAAUCGAAUUGUGAAUUUUUAGAGAUCUUAGUCGUAUAGCAACGACCAUACUGCAUGACCAUACAAAGUAAGAGAGAGUAUAAGAAAUUCGUACAUAUCAAAUUUCGAUCGAGGUGCUGGGGAUUGGUAGUACCUGUUAUCUUUCUCCGGACAGUACCAGCCUAGAUGCCGUAUGGAAUCCGGUGGAAAAAAAAACCUAACUAAAAAUAGAUCCACAGGGUUCCUGCUUCCAUGUCAUAAAAGGCGACAAUUGAAGGAGUGCUUUUUCCCUUCAGUUAUCAGAUGUUUUCAACGUUUCACAUCUGAUUACUUUAUUUUACUAAAUUAUCUAUUCACUAAACUUCAUUCAACUUCUCAAUUUCCGGUUAGUUUCUGAGAAAAGUUUAAUUUGGUAUUUUUUCUUCUUCCGUGUUUUUGCCUGUCUUUCACGAUUUAAAAUUGAGCGAUAAAAACAACUAUUACGCAGUCACUGAUAGUUGAUGUUCACAAUGUUAAUUACAAGUUGAUUACUAUGUUAAUAAUAGAGAUAACAUAGAUACUUUGUUUGAUAAAUUAAUAUUUUUUCUUGGUAGCCGGCUGCCCAGAUCAACCAAUAUAACAAAUGCACAUUUUUUCUUGAUAAAUAAUAAAGUGGAAAUAAUAAACAAUCAAGACGCGCGUGAAAUCUGUUGACCUUUGUUUGGUGAUUUAAAAUUAUUUGAUAUAUUUUAUAGAAUAUGAAUGCAAUGAAUCAACUAUUUUGUCUAAAUUCUAUUCCCUCGUUAAUUUUUAUUCGUUACGCGAUAGUAAUUCAAAUAAGAACUGUGAAUCAAGACUUCCCGGGACUUCAAUUUCGGAUAUUGUUCAAACGUUCACUCGGGAAAUCUGUGAGUUUAGUGGUGCAUCAGAGCAUCUUGAAACCGGAACAUACUAAGUCGCACGCGAAUACUACCAUUACUGAAAUUUAUACUAACAAAUAUCCUUCUCCAGUGACUCUUGUGGAGUGCGCAGUAGUAUAUACGGCCUCUAGUAACAGCAAGUGUUGGACUAACAUCCCUUCUCAUUCCUUAUACGAUAUACAUUCGGGCCUGGCCGACGUCAGGACUGAUCAAUGAAUUCUGUACAUUGUAUGAAUGUAUCAAUUGUAUCAAUGAAUUCUGUAUAUGUACAUUGAAGGAUGAUUUGCCAGUCCCAGGUCGGAUCAUCUAAAAAUUAUCUGUACAAUUUCAGCUAAUCCCGAUCAGUAACGGAGUAGAUGGUCACUCAAGCUCAUAUCAAAUGUUGAUCGUGUCUAUUAGCUAUAGUAACUAACAUAAAAUUUGUCAUGUUGUAGUUUAUAAUUAGUGCUUCUCUGGGACCAUCCAUCUAAAAAAGCGGAAAAGCUUCUUCCAUUGCUGUUCUAUUAUAGUCCUACACCAGACCUUUGUAUAAUUGCUUCAAAGAAUAUGUUGAAUUAAAAGAUUUAAUCAGAGAGUGUAGCAGCCUGCUUCAUUUUAUAUAACGUAGCCAAUAAGUGACGAGUUUUCCUUACUAACACAUGGAUCAAUAAGUCCCGAGACUAAUGUAGAGAUGGCGCUCGUAGUAAACCAGUAACCACGUCUUUCUAGAGUACUAACCUUUGCUUGAAACGGGUCAAAAUUUUAAGUCGAUCCGACCAGAAACAGCUGAGUUAUCGAGGUUGGAGUAAAGUCGUUUUGUAGUUUGUUUAAAAAUUCAAAAAACCAAGUUUCGUGUUUUGAUAAAACAUGUUUUUUAAUGGGAAACAAUGGAUUGAAAAAUGUUAUCCGGACUCUUGUCCAUCAAAAGCAACGAUUUGUCGGUGGUUCGCCGAGGUUAAACGUGGUCGUACCGACACAAAUGACGCGGAACGCUCGGGUAGACCUGUGGAAGCCGUUACACCGGAAAAUGUGAGUGAAGUGACAAAAAUUAUAAUAAAAGAUCGUAAAGUGAAGCUCCGUGAGAUUGCUGAGAUGACACAGAUAUCAUAUGGAAGUGUAUUUACCAUCCUUUAUAAAAAAUUGAGCAUGAAAAAAGUUUUUUCCAAGUGGGUGCCGCGAUUGCUUUCGAUGGAACAAAAACAAAUCGAUGAAAACAAUGGCGAAAUUGAACGAAUUGGGCUUUGAUCUGCUUCCCCACCCCCCACACUCGCCAGAUUUAGCCCCCAGUGACUACUGGCUCUUUGCUGAUCUUAAAAAAAUGCUCCAGGGAAAAAGAUUUGGCUCAAAUGAGGAGGUCAUCGCUGAAACUGAAACUUAUUUCGAAGGGAAAGAUAAAUUUUUUUAUAAACAUGGUAUUGAAAAAUUGGAAAAACGUUGGAACCAUUGUAUCACCCUAAAAGGUGAUUAUGUUGAUGAAUAAAAAAAAAUUUUGCAAAAAAAAAUGUUACUAGUUUUACGUUUCGUCUUCGACUCAUCAGUGCAUCAGCAGAUUAUGUUGAACUGCUGAUGCAAAAAUUCCCGGAUUAACAUAAUCCUCUUAGCAGACGUAAAGUUAAUGCAUUUUGCAAAACACUUGCUUGCGCCGAAGCGCUAUGUCUAACCUGACGUGCCGAAAGAACGAAACAAAUUCGACGGCAUACUGACCGCUAACAGAUUUUCGUCAUUUGGGGGUUUGGUACCUCGUGGGUAGCCAGUUUGUGCAAAGUGCACAUGACUUAUUUCUAGUUUUUACGUUUCGUCUUCGACUCAUCAGUGCAUCAGCAGGUUUGGCUACCCACGAGGUACCAAACCCCCAAAUGACGAAAAAAAAAGUUGUUUCCAUUGUUAGUCACGGGACUUAUUGAUCCAUGUGUUAAUAGACCCGCUAAUUGAGGAUUGAAGUAGUUUUCGGAUAUCUAGAUGUAUAAAUAGGAAAUAUUUAUUAUGACUAGUGCAUAUAAGAAAAAACAUACAGCUUUUUUCUAGUCAUCUGUGGGUUUUGGUUACAUGUAACCGAUUUCUUCCGAGUGCACAUGACUGUUUUUAUUUUUUUUUGUAUACAUAUGAUAACUAAAUAUGAUAAAUCAACAAGGAAAAUAAAUCAAUAAGCAACAACAAUCCCUAAAAUGGACGCUUGCCACUCUGAAAAACCAACAACAAACUGUGCCUGCAAUUUCAAAUCAUUUUGUACAGAGCUUUCUUCGUCCCUUCCGGAAGCGAAAGUGAAAAUCUCAGAACGACGGUUAAAUUAUAAACGGCAUGAUGACCUAACACAGUACCGUCAUUUCCAGGGAUCCUACCUUGGUACAACAAAUUGUCAUACGGACAUACGCUGUUUAAAUUAUAGUAAUUCGUUUGCAAAUACAAGGUACAUUCGUCAUGUCAUCCUAUUUUUAAAAUUCGGCAUGUUUACGAUUUCAAUGCGUUGAUGAGCAAAUAAAUUAAAUGAUAAGUGUUAAAACGCACAAGAUAAUAAGAUUCUAAAUGCUAGACAUCUCUCGCGGAGUAAUAAGAAAGUACUAGUUCUGCAUGAUGAACUCUUCGCUGAUUUUUAACCAGUUUUAUUUCCAAUAGCCCAACUAAAACUCUUCUAUGAGAAAUUCUUGUACAAUCGAUCUGAUUCUAGGAGAUCAAUGUAACAUUUGUAGUGAACUGACUUUGAUUCGGAUGAUCUACCAAUAACAUUCAGGAUUUCAAAUUAAGCAAUGAUUAUUUCAAUAAGUUAUAUAUACUAACACCUUAGAACUAAUCGGUUAAGUUACAGAUCUCAUAUCGAAAGCAAUGAAAGCCCUGAUAUUUUAUUAAAAAUUUUAGCGAUUAUAAGUUGUUUCAACACUUUUACUGAACAUCUCGCUCAAACGCAAACUUUUAACUUGUUGAAUAAAAAGUCAUGAUGCUAACAACUGUUACUCAUAUUUGAGCUAGUAAUAUUUUUCCCAGCUUUCUAAAAAAAAUCCCGACUUUUUCCUAGUUUUUCCCGGUGAAAUAAAAUUCGCGAAUUUCCCGGUCACCUACUACCCUGUUGAAUAAGUUUAAAGAUCAAAUGACUAUCACUUCUGGUUCCAGAGAUAUAAUGAUAAAAGUGACGUUAGCGAUAAAAUGUCCAUUUUUAGCACCCAAUUUUCACGGAGAUGACUAAAGCCAUAUUGACAAGCUUAGGCUCGUCUGAAAGCUACUAUUGUAUCAUUGAUCAAGUUCGAAGAUCAAACCUCUCACUUCCGGAGGUGUAAUGGUAUAAGUGACGAAAACGACAAAACUCAUCAUAACCGCUCAAUUUUCUCGGAUAUGAAUGAACCAAUUACUUCAGAAAGUGAUCAAGUUCAAAUGUAUUAUUGCUGAUAAAUUUGGUGAUGUUGCCGAAUAUGUAGCGUAAGCGCUGAAGCAUACUUUUGUGAGCUACCCGAAUCAAUCUGAAUGAAUUUGUAUCAAAAACGAGUUUUAAUGAGACUGCGACAGUAACAAUAGAAAGGCACUGUCACACCACUAGGUGGAUUAAGUAUAGGUUUUUAAUAGUUUUAUGACUUCGAUGCUAUCGAUUUUGUUCUGUAGUGAACUAACGGACCCACAAAAGGCAACGAAUUGUGUUAUUGAAACACAAUGUGAAUACAUGUAUUUUUCUCUUUUUGUUACUCCGGUUUCCCGGGUAUCGUUAACAGCCUUUCUUGCAUGUUGCUCCAAAGUUUCGAUUCCAAACGAGUAUGUGCUUGUUUACUUCGUUACUUUAUACUGUAUCACAGUGGCCCUGCUUCAGCCUGGCGGCCGACAAUCAAAAGUAAGUAUGAAGAAAAUAAACCUGAUUCAUUGGCAUUGUAGUAGUGCCACAAUAGCGUUCAUCUAUUAGUUCAUUGUCAAAGGGAAUGAAUAUGUAUUUUCCUUUAAUUCAUUAAAAUUGUUGGUUGACAGAACGCAUGGAAAUCUUGGAACAACUUCGUAACGCAAGCUAGUUUAAUCAUUGCUGCUAAUCAUCAUCAUCAGUUUCUUUGAUGCUUACUUCAACAUAGAAGUCAAAUGACAUAGAAAUCAGUCUGUACAACAAAUUAUCUUACAAUCGAUGCUAACAAAGAAAUACUCAACCCAUUUCAUCGAUUGCAGUCUCACUUUCAUCUUCGUCUUAAUACGACAAGAAAUUACGCAAGAUUCGUUGUAUAUUCCAUACUUGCGUAUUAACCAAACAAUACUAAAGCGAGGGAUCGGCAGUGCCCCGGGAAAAAAACGGUGCGCUUCUCCAUAACCAGUGUCACCUUUAUUUACAGGUAUUUAGCAGCACCUGCACGCUCAGUUACCGUCGCAACCACAGCCACGCAAUAAAGUAAUCUUUGAUGAAGGGGGCAAGUCUGAAAAAAUACCCCCGCCAAAAAUCGACCGCGGUUGCGUCCGCGUCAUGUCGACCAAUCGUAACAACAAUAAUGGCUUUUGUCGGAAAGGCAAGACAACAGUACUGCAAGCAUUGCAAAAAAAACUGAAUGAAAAUAAUGCCGUACGAUUUUUGCUGCCAUUCGAUCCACACUAGUAGUAAGCAGCAAUUUGAAGGUCGAUUUACACAACGAAACAGAGGAAUCUGCAUGUGAUCAACUUGCGCCGAGGGUGCACGCAUGCCUUCGGAAAAUCAUCUCCAUCGGACGCAUGGUCCUACUGCGAUUCAAAGUUGGACUUUGCUCCGAAACCAUCAUCGUUUAAAAGGUAAAGCAUUCCAUAAUCCAAUAUCAUAGUGGUCAAACUUGAUUAGCAACUAGUACCUUAUCAAAAAUGAGAGUUAAUGCGGCUCACUGAAACGAGAUGUCCUUGAUCUUAAUUUCGUGAUGUUGUGAGGCCACAGAACAAUUAGGUAAAGAUUGUAGACGACUGAAUAACCUUUUCAAUGUAUGCAAGAACCGAAAACUGUCAUUUUCAAUCCUGAUUUUCGUGGUUGAUAAAUUUCGACCUUCUGUUUCGACAAGUUUUGUAGUCGUCGCUUAUCAUAUACAUACUCUUGCUCUUGCUACAAAGGUCGUGAUCCGAGAUCAUCAUAGAUGAUUCAUGAUCAAUUGCUAUGAGAUAAGAACCAUCUUGGACCCUAUUUUAUUGUAAUGGUACAUGUAGUCAAAUUUCUUGAAUCUAGACUCGAAACAAUUAUUCUCUUUGUGGUGGAUACGGACCUAGUAAACUUCGUAUACACAAAUAUAACUCGAUCAGCAUAAAUCGCAUAAACAACUAUCCGAAGUUCGAAGAAAUGACGAUGAAUGAAUGUUUGUGUCGAAAGGGCAAAAUUAAGCAUAGUUUACCAAAGAAGCGCAGUUACUAUUUUAAACUAAGCCAAUCUACUCGUGCAUAAACUGUUUCGCCCCUGGCUUCAGGCGUGAAAGUGUCAUUAGUUCGAUCGAAAAGUGGGAGCGGCGUACUUAAAAGAUAAUGUCACCAAGAGGACAAUUACAAUUCCAUAAUAUGCUAUGGAGGAGCAAUAUAGGUACACGUAUUUCGAUAAGAGAUAACAUCGAUAAAUACCGCAGAGCUCAUCCAAACAAGAAACCAUUGGUUUUAGUGGACCUGAUGUUCGUGGAUCAAAUACCUAUUCCUGGAAACAACCGUGACAGAAAAAGACGAAACAUUUGUGGGCCAAAUUUAGUUGAAUUGGAACACUAUGAACAUUUUUUCAAAUUUCUUCAAGACGAAUGUCAGGCAAAUGUUGUAUUUUUCGUCGAUGGUCCCGAUCGGAGUAACACCUCUAGCGAUUUCAAUACUGAUCAGAGAAAACCUAAGGACCGCCGUUACGAAAACGACAUAAACGUCAUAGAUAUGCUGACCGCAGAAAACUUCCAAGCUAUCAGAAAAAUCCAGCACAUUCCCACAGAUCGAGUACUGAUGGAUUCUAUUGAAACAUUGGCAAAACAAUAUGGUACACUAUGGCACUCAGUACAAAAUAAAAGAUAUUUAGAAAUAGCUAAAUAUGCUCAAGAAAUGAAAGCAAUCGCAGUUUUGGGCAAAAAAUGCCGAUUCAUUCUUCUGGCGGAAGUAAACUUUUGGUAUUUGACACAUCUUGAUGUUACAUCAAUGGAGACAAUAGAGAUAGACCCUGCGAAUCUCGGACAAAUCGGGCUUGAAACGCCAGAGAAACGUUGUUUAAUGGCUACACUUCUUUCUGAAUCAUUUAUCUUUAAAUGGACUGCAACUAACAUUCCUUAUCUGCUAAAGUGUCUUAGUGUUCUGCAAGCACGACCUGAAAAUAUCGCGCGUCAGCAGUACUGUGAUGUUGCUCGUACCUUAUUCAAAGAUUCAUAUUGUGAUGCACUAGUGGAAGAUUUAAUCCAGUCAUGUGAACAACAAAACUUAAAAUCAAUCCAGUUAUCAGUACAACCGAAUAAUUUAUCAACUUGGGAAUACGAUAUCAUAAGCAAUAGCAUAUCUAUUAUUACCAUCAUGCUGAAUGAUUAUCGCUAUUGGGAUGCAAAGGGUGUAAAGUUUUCUGAGCUGGUUACGGGAUUUUAUGCUCGAGCAGCCGGCGUACUUUUAACUCGCAAACACCAACGUACCCCUCAGUCAAGACAAUUAUUCAUCAAACAGACCCACGAAUCAUUUUUCAACUACCAUUCAUUAGACGUGCAAUUUCCAGAUUUCAAAAUUAUGAAUUCGCAAUUGGAUGCUGGUACCGAUCUUACAGAAGAAAAUAUAAACUAUUUACAAUUUGUGUUUGGCGUAGGAGAUUUGCCUGUUGAACGAAUUAACCGUCUGAUAAAUUUGCAUACAUGGAAAUUGUUAGACUAUAUUACAGUCUACUUCAUGCUUAAGAAAAAAAUUAUAUCAUCCACAAUCGCCGACAGUCUACUAUUGGCAGUUGAAAAUUAUUCAACUCAUAAUGCCGAGCUCGAUGGAAUUCCACCCGAAUUGGAUAUGGAGAUAUUUCACGUGACAUUCAUGUAUAUUCGCUGGAGGCAUUAUGUGCGGCAAUCUCUCAUUAUAUGUGGCAUACCAGAAGCAUUAAUUGAUAAUCGAUGUCGUUUGGACGGUGUAAAAGUUCAAAACAUUUACCAGAACCUCAGAAUGCACCCAGAAGAAAUCUAUAAAUAUGAUAUUGGAGGUUUCGUCCAAAAUGACCGGUUUUAUGACUAAGAGUAAGACUGAUUGUUCAGAGUAGACAUCAGAUAUAUUAUUUUUAUAUUCAUUUAUCUCUCAUUUCAUUAUAAUAUUUAAUAUCAACCUACGGCGUGACCAGUGACGUACCUAGAAACUGGACGUGACCUAUCCAUUUCAAUAAAUCUAUAUGGCAAGCAGUCCAUAACUGAGAAAA